AUGACUCUGACCGAAGAUCUUGCAAAUGAUGGUCAACAGACACCUGAUCCUUUAACACCUAUGGGCCCAAGUUUUGAUGAUAUAGAUGAGACAGAGGAUUAUCGUCUUGCCAAACACAAGCUUGAUAAAACACCCACUGGCCAUAGGAAGAGGAGUUUAACUGCAGAUAUGUCAAACUCAUUCAUGACUUGGGACAAGUUUUGUGCUUGGAGGAUGCUGAAGUUACAUCUCCACCACGAUCCAACCAACCUUCUGGAAGUGCCCACAGUGGAGUUGAUAUUUGCAGUUAUGGCAUCCAAUGAUGAUGAGGAUGAUAUGAUCAUCAUUAUGUAUGUGACAUUAUUGGCCGCAGCGUCACUCAAUACUAGAGAACCAUGUAGGGAUAGUAUCUUUCGGGGGUCAAUGAUGAUAAAUGAGAUAUUGAAUGGCCAUUCGGAUAGAUGUUACCAAGAAUAUAGGAUGGAACGGCAUGUAUUUGUUAACCUAUAUAGUCUAAUGGUUAAUAGGGGUUGGUUGAAUGAUACUCGGUAUAUUAGGGUAGAUGAACAAAUAGCAAUGUUCUUGUUCAUAGUAGGAAAGAGAGCAAGUAAUAGAGAUGUGCAAGAGAGAUUUCAGCAUUCUGGCGAAACAAUUAGUCGAAUCUUCAACAUGGUAUUGCUAGCUAUGCGUAAAUUAGCUAAGGAAAGAAUCAGGCCACCAAGAUUCAAUCGAAUCCCUAUUGAGAUUGAAGCAAACCCAAAAUACUAUCCGUAUUUCAAGGAUUGCAUUGGUGCCAUCGAUGGCACUCAUAUCCAUGCUAUUGUACCAAUGGAAGAUCAAAAACGAUAUCGAAAUCGGAAAGGAAUUACAACACAAAAUGUCAUGUGUGCUUGUUCUUUCGACAUGCGCUUUAUAUUUGUGAAUGUUGGCUGGGAAGGUAGUGCCAAUGACUGUCGGGUCUUUGAAUCAGCAAGAAGUAAUCCAAGUUUUAACUUCCCUCAUCCACCUCCAGGCAAAUAUUACGUUGUAGACUCUGGUUAUGCGAAUCAGACAGGAUAUUUGACACCAUUCAGAGGUGAGAGAUAUCAUCUUCCAGAUUAUAGAGGUGCAGGAAGAACUCCAAGAACAGCUAGAGAAUUGUUCAACUACAGGCAUUCCUCUUUGAGGAAUGUCAUUGAACGUACAUUUGGAGUUAUCAAAAACAAAUUCUUGCUUUUAAGACAGAUGCAUCAUUUUUCUGUGAAGACCCAAGGUAAUAUUGUCAUUGCAUGUUGUGGUUUGCAUAACUACAUUAGAGAUGAACAAAAAUUAGAUAAAUAUUUUUCCAAACUUGGUGGAGAUGAAGCUGAAUCAGAUCUUGAUGAGUUAAACCCACCUCCUGAAGAGUAUAAUGGACCCUCAUCAUUGAGUCAAAGGGAACAAGCCAGACAGAUGAACGAUAUUAGGAACUGA